GUGAAAUAUAUCUUGACUCUAUUGCAAUAGAUGUAAUAGAAACAACCUAUGUAAAGAUUUAAAUAUUGAAAAUCUUUGGUUUUUCAGGAAGAAAAUGAUAAGCUCCGGGAACAAGAAAGUAAUAUAGAUGCUAAGAACCUUGCAGAAGAAGACUUACCAAUGAUGAAGCAGAAAUUACGAGUGGAUCAUGAUCAAACCAUGAACACGAAGAUACAACCGGUAAAAUUAUAUGCAUAAACAAAUUUCAUGCUAAUAUUGAUUAUGUAUGUAAUGCAUGCAGUUAAUUCAAUAUUAAAUUUUAUAAAGUAUGUGAAGAAUAUGUUAAAACAAAGUACAACAACACAUGAAAGAGAGAUGAGUCAUAUCGAAGACACACAAACCAUGAACAUGAUGCUGGAGAAUGCGUUAAAACAAAGUGCUAUGGCACAUGAAAGGGAGAUGAGUCAGCUUAAAGACACACUCCUAUUGAAAGACACACAAACCAUGAACAUGGUGAAACAAAUGAUGGAGACUGCAUUAAAACAGAGUGCAAUGGUACAUGAAAGAGACAUGUGUCAACUAAAAGACACACUCCAACUGAAAGACACACAAACCAUCAACAUGAUGACGCAAAUGAAUGCGGAGACAUAUGAACGAGAGAUGCGUCAAUCGAAAGACAUAAUUCAACAGAAAGAUAGAUUAACCAUGGAAAUGAUGGAAAAAAUGAUGGAAAAUGCAUUAAAACAGAGUGAGAUAGCACAUGAAAGAGGAAUGCAUCAUCAAUCCCCCCGAAAGGGAAAGGGUACGACAUGUGAAUGCAACAUUAUGUGAUGUCGCCAACUCUAUUAAUAAAUAUCAAGAACAAAGUUUCGGUGUGACUAAUUCAAAACUUCCAGUUUCCAUACUUUCAUUUUGUGUGCUAUUUUUAUUUUAUUUUCUACAACUCUCUCAUAUUGCAAGAAAC